AUGGCUGACCAAAUCUGUGCGAGCUGCCACGACACCUUGUGGCUGGAGAUCGAGCCCGACAGUGACGACGAAGACAGCAAGGCACCGGCAAAGUCAGAGGCGAUUCCAGAUGAUGUGGAACUCUCCUGUGGAUGCCAUUACCACUGGGAGUGCUUCUUAGAGGCAUACACCAUUACACAAUGCCCCAAUUGCUCAAAGGACAUUUCUUCACUUUCAGAGUCAGGCCAUCAACAGGUCCUAUGCACCAUCCGCAACGAGGGAGGUAUCCAGGAGAAGUUCGAUAUCCUCCCGUCGGCCACGGAGGAGGCCUACCUGCGGGCUUACCCUGAGGAGAGACGUGCCCAUGCGUAUCUGCAAUUCUGUCGGGAAGGCGACGUCGACGCAAUCAUCCACAUGAUCCAGGACACAGACGAGGACGAAGACGACGCGGAUGAAGUACACGACCAGCCGGACACGGACUUCCUCACAUACACGGGCACUUUUGAAGGAAUCGAAGGCUCCGGACUGCAUGUUGCUAUUCGAUAUGGGCGGGAAGACGUGGCUUGGCUUCUACUUGCUCUCGCUUCCACACUGGACUGGUCGCAAUUUCCUGCACAGGUCCUUGAGGCAAUGACGAGUCUGGGUCUGAGCAGAGAGGACCGAGUCAAGGGGAUCGACAUCCGCAACGUCAACGAUUCCGAGGGACGUUCACCAAAGACACUUGCGGAGCAGCUCGGAGGCCCAUGGAAAGCCUGGAUAGAUAGCGGGCGGUUGACGGCAUGA